CACCCUAUUACCCGUCUUUACUUCUGUUGCGCCUUUUCGGAUUUAUUCUCUAAACACGGACAUCAUGCAGCUGAACUCAGAAGCUUAAUGAGACUUGUCCAAAAAUCGUUACCGAGGAUGCGUUACGUGGACUGUAACAGCUCAGAGGGGAGUGAGGAGACUGAAAUUGCUGUAAAUAUUGGUGGUGUCAAACACGUUCUCUAUGGAGACCUGCUGAACCGAUAUCCUGAAACACGUUUGGCGGAGCUGGCGAACAGUUCCAUGGAUUGCGCACAAGAUCUCUCUGUGCUCUGUGAUGACUACGACGCUUCAAAGCAAGAGUUUUACUUUGACAGAGAUCCGGAGGUGUUCAGAUGCAUAAUGGAACUUUAUUACUGCGGAGAAAUUCAUAUGAAACGAGGAAUAUGCCCCAUGUGUUUCAUGAGAGAGAUGGACUUCUGGGGCAUCGAUGCAGACUAUCUGGAUGAAUGUUGCCAGGGUAGUCUAAACGAGGUGGAAACUGAACUGGCAGAAAUCGCGGAGAAGGUCAAAACCAUCCUGAAUGACCUGGAGGGUGAUGCCACAGCCACAAGAGGCCAGAGGUGCCAAGUGUUCCUGUGGAAGCUCAUGGAGAAACCAGAGUCUUCCUUAGCUGCGCACAUAAUCGCUAUGGUGUCAUUUGUCUUCAUCUUGCUCUCCUCUGUGGUCAUGUGCAUGGGCACCAUCCCGGAGCUGCAGGUGCAGGACCCUGAGGGGCGCCACGUGGAACACCCAACCCUUGAGUCCAUUGAGACGGCUUGCAUCAUCUGGUUCACCAUGGAAUACAUUCUGCGUCUCGUUUCCUCUUCGAACAAGCUACGCUUUGUGCUUUCCUUCAUGAAUAUAAUAGACUUUAUGGCCAUCAUGCCUUUCUACGUGGUGUUAAUUCUUACACUCUUAGGCACUUCUGUGAUGGAGCUGGCCAACGUGCAGCAAGCAGUGCAGUCGUUACGCAUCAUGCGCACUGCGCGUAUCUUCAAACUGGCGCGCCACUCCUCAGGUCUGCAGACUCUCACCUAUGCGCUUAAGAGCAGCUUUAAAGAGCUGGGCAUGCUGCUUAUGUACAUGGUCAUGGGAAUUUUCCUGUUCUCUGCACUGGGGUACACAAUGGAGCAAAGCCACCCGGAAACCAUGUUCACCAGCAUCCCACAGUCCUUUUGGUGGGCUAUCAUUACUAUGACCACUGUAGGUUAUGGAGACAUCUAUCCUAAAACCACGCUGGGCAGGUGUAACGCUGCUGUCAGUUUUCUGUGUGGCGUGAUAGCUAUUGCGUUGCCAAUCCAACCAAUCAUUAACAACUUUGUGAUUUUUUACAGCAAGCAGCGAGUGCUUGAAACCGCUGCCAAACAUGAGAUUGAACUCAUGGCAUUACGUGCAAAGGAGGAAGCGUGCAAGUGCCAUAAUGCUGAAAAAAAGGCAUCGCAGAGGACAAGAGGUUCGGCUGGCAUUAGUUCGGUUUGGGACAGUGCUGCUGUGAGCGAGUGACAAAUAUAUUCCAUUACUUGGUGAUACAACAGUAUCUGUGUCCAAAUGCCAGCCUGUCCACAAAUGCUGGAACAACUAGAGCGUGAUCUAUCUAUCUAUCUAUCUAUCCAGGGGCGUAGAUUCCAGGGGGGAUGGGGGGAACACACCCCACCCCUUUAAUAAUCAAAAUGAGCAAGUAGAACCCCCCCCAUAUUUAUACCAUGAUUUAUGGAAACAAGUAAAUGCUUCACGCUGUAACCCCCCAAUGUUCAAGCCAAAUCUAUGCCCUUGUAUCUGUUGCUGUCACCUUGCUCAUAAUAACAUAGGAACCCUAAUAUAUUGGAUGUAAUAAAAAGAAUAACAUAAUAAAAAAAUGGGUUCCCAUCCAAUACAAUUUAUUCAUGUAGUAGCCUUUAACUAUUACAAUAAAUGUAAAUGACAAAAGGUGAACAUAACUGUAAAUAAAACAUAUCAUUCAAAAUAAAGUACAGUACUGUGUGUUAUGUAUGAUAAUAAUGCCAUGUAUAAUUGCCAUUUAUCGAUCAACUUAAUACAAAGUGCACUAAACAAAAACAAAAAAAACCUAAAUCAAUAUUUGGUGGGACCACCCAAUGUCUUUACAACAGGACCAAAUCUCCUAGGUACACGUGUGCACAGUUUUUCAAGGUAGUUGGCAAAUAAGUUGUUCCAAGCAUCUUGGAGAACUUGCCACAGUUCUCUGUAUUAAGGUUGCCUCUUCAUGUUAUU